AUGUACUGAUGAAGACAUCCCAGCCCAGCUCGGUGGGUGAACAAACAAACAGAUCCUCGACUCUGAGGCAGAGCGCACUGUCUUUGGCGUGUACAGACAUUUUAGAAACAGUAGAGAGCCUUGUAAGUCAGCUUGAAGCCCUCCCUCUCUGUCAUUUGCAAACCGAGUGUCUUAUUCGCGCUUCGAUGACUCUGGUCAAAGCACCUUUUAUAUUUUCAAAGUACUUCUUUUGCAGCCAACAGUCUACGUCCAUCAAGGUAAGUGAACUCUAGUUGGUCAUUUAGAGCUCUUUUGAUUGAGUGACGUUAAACCAGUACCAAAGUAAUAUAACGACCAGUCAGGUAGAAGGAGAAAACCUCUUAAGAGCCAACGAGAAUUCAUUAUAAAAGCACUCAAACUGCCUUAAGCGCGGGAAAACGCACUCGACCAAGGCGCGGUUGGUUUCAGUCUUGCAUCUGAU